AUGAGUCCUCGCGAUCUAAUUGAUCUCCUAUUAGACGAUAAAAAAUCAUGUGGACUUAAUGUCACUGAACUAACACCGAGAGGACAAAAUGCAGUUGCAUUUAGGCAUCGUGAAAACCGAAUUCUAGACGACACUGAACUUCCGUCUACGUUAAAAGAAAAUGAUGUUCAAGUAGUGAUUGAGGAGCCAACGGACGAAACUCUAUCUGAUGGAAUGCUAAUGGUCGAUGAUAAUUUAAAUCUAGAAAAAGACAUUAAUUAUCUUAAUUUAGGGGUUAAUAACUAUCAAGAAACAAUAGAACAAGAAGGCGGAGACGAUAAAGAUGACCACAACUAUAACGAUAAUGGAGAUAAUAACGGAGCCGAUGAAGAAAAAGAAGAAGACGACAGCGGUGAUGACGAAGACGACAGCGGCGAUAACGAAGAUGACGACGAAGAAGAAGACGACCGUGAUGACGACGACGAUGAAGAAGAAAAAGACGACGGUGAUGACGUUGACGACAAUGAAGAAGAAAAAGAAGAUGACGGUGAAGAAGACGAAGAAAGAAGAGAUAUUAGAAAUGAUAAUUUAUAUAACAAUAAUGAUUUAAAUUAUGAAGAUGAAUCGUACGAACGACCUGUUUACGAGGGUUCGCCGAUAACAGUUGCUGACAGUAUGAUGGUUAUGAUGAGCUUAGCCAUGAAACAUAAUCUUUCUGACUCAUGUAUUGAUGAUAUUUUUGAAGCUAUAAGUUUACACUGUCCAAAACAAAAUUUACAAAAAAUUAAUUUUAAGGAUGUGGUUUUGUCUAAAGAAGUUGAUAUUGCUGGUGAAUUGCUGGAUAAAUUUGUUGACAAUUUCGAAAUUUUAUAUGGAGUAAGAUUUGCGAGUAUCAACCUUCAUCAGCUUCGUCAUUUACUGAAUGACGUCAGAAAUUUUAGACCACUAUGA